AUGCCCAGCGAUGACUCUGGUGCCUUGAUUCAGACCAUUGCUUCUUCAGGCAAAGUGCUUCCUCUCUAUUCCAGCGACCACUCGAAGAUUUUGGUAUUGAAGAAGACUGGUGCUCUCAGAAUCUUGGACUUGCCUCAGAAAGACCACGACGACUUUGAAAUCAUCGACGAUGCCACCAAUUUUGAUAUCUCCAAGUCCAACAGCUUGCUUUCGGUUAUCAACGUCACUGGAGAGUUGGAAAUCUAUGCCCUCACAGACUCUCUCAAGAAUCUCCAGUACCAAAAGAAACUUUACAGGAACUCUGAGCCCUUGAGGGACUUGAAAAUUAUCAAAGAAGUGGGAAAUAGUUACAAAAUCAUAGCAGCUGGUGAUAAUCUCGAUCUAGUCUUAUUGUCUUUCAAUUUUAACCUUGAGUUUUUCGAAAUUGAGGACUUGAAUAUUAUCAAAUUGCAAUUGCCUGAUACAGUUCAUUCCUUAUCUUACAACCAAUUUACAAACGUGUUCUCUGUUACGCUAUCAAAGGGCGAUAUCCAAUUUUAUGAAGUUAACGAAAACACUUCUAUUGCCUUGAAUAAUGGAAACAAAAACGAUGACUACAACGACAACGAAAUUAAUGCUCAAAGACCAACUUUGCUCAAAACUCUCAAUGGUUACUUUUCCUCGUUAGUUUACCAAGCUGAUUUGGAUAUUGGCGAAAUUUUGCAAGAAGAGCUAACUGAAGACGAUAUAAUUCGAAAUAACAUUGAAUGGAAUCCAAUUAAUGGCUCUCAAUUUGCUAUUCCUUGCAAAACGAGAGAAAUUAGAAUUUUUGAUUCGAUUAAUUACAACAAUGUCUUCACCUUAUUAAACUGUCAUAAUGCUGCCAUAAUCGAGAUUAAAUGGUGUCCAUUUAAUUCAAACUAUUUAGCUUCCGUUGCUUUGGACAACUCUCUUGUCAUUUGGGACCUAACUAAACGACAAAAAUUAAUAACUAAAAACUUAUCAAAUGAUUAUAAAAUAACAAACAUAACCUGGGGUCUUAAUUUUAAUAAUCCUUCAAAAGUUAACCUAGCUUUAGGCACCUUCCAAGGUGAUAUCCUAAUAUUUCAGAAUAUAUUGUUUGCUGAAAAGAUUCAGUCCAAUACUAAUAAUACUAAUAACAACAAUAACAAUCUCAUUAACGGUAAAUCUACUACCAACAACAAUGCCACUUUCAAUACAAACAUUUCAUCAUUAUUUGACAAUGAUCUUUUCAGUGACGCCUCUUUUACCGAAACUCAAAAACCUACUGAUAACCUUCCUAAGAUUGUUCAAAAAGAUGGUUAUGAUUUUAUAGAGGAUGAUGAUAUUAUUGAUGAUGAUUUACUAUCCAAGCAAAAUAACAAACGUACAAGAAAAGAAUUUGAAGAAGAAAAUCUCACGUUUAAUCUCAAUAAUCUCAAUAACCUCAAUAAUAAUAAUAAUAAUAAUAAUAAUAAUAAUAAUAAUAAUAAUAACAAUAUUAACAGUAAUAAAAAAAGAAGCAAUAUGGGCAAUGAAGAUGAUUUUAUGGAUGCUGAAGCUCUCGACAAUAAUUUUUUAAAUGAUGAUUAUCAAUUUGGUGACUCAAAGUUAGCUGAAAUAUCAAAACUUGAUCCAAACUAUUAUCCCAAACCCUAUACCCCUGGCUUAUCACCUUGGUUAAAUAAUAAAAGAUACUUGAAUAUAAACUCAAUUGGCUAUGUUUAUUGUGAAAAAUCUCAAAUUGAAGAGAAUUCCCAAAAAAUUACUGUAAUUUUUUUUCAAGAAUCAAAUUCAAAUAAGAAUUAUUUUUUUGUUGAUGAUAACGGUUAUGAUUUAGCUUAUUUAACCAAAAAUGGUUUACUAUUAGCACGGUCUGCUUAUUAUUCCAAGAAUCUUAAAAAUAUCAAUUUUGUAACUGAUUUCAAAAAACCAGAAGAUUCAAAUGAUUAUAAGUCUGCAAUGAUAUCCUUUAGAACUCACGAUAAUGAUCCAAACUCAAUAUGGGAACUAGAAUUGGAUAUAUUUAAUGAUUAUAAAAUCAAUAACCCAAAAAUUUUUAACAAUGAAAAAGAUAAAAAGAAAAAUAAUUUUCACAUUAUCAAUAAUAUAAACCAUAAAGAAUUUUUAACCUCAAUAUCAUUAUCAAAAAACUUGAUUUUUGUUUUCACAAAUAUGGGAUACACAAGAGUUUAUUCGAAAUUUGGCUUGUUAGUCAAAAUUGAAAAGGAUUUACCAGUGAUUUCAUCGAUUGCGAAUGAAAAAAUAUUAUUUACAAUUGAAACUAAUCAUAAAGGUGAUGAAUUUUAUUAUAGUAUAAGAGAUUUAAUAACUUCAAGGAAAUCAUUAAAUUUUCUUCAAAAGAGUAAUCCAUUGCCUAUUGAAUAUUUGCCAAAUUAUAUACUCAAUGAACAAACAAUUGCAGAUUAUGAGGAGACUUUAAAUGAUGGUAAUAAGAUAAGUGAAGAAGAUGAUUUUGAAUUUUUAAGAAUACAACGAAAUCAAGAAAAAAAAUUAAAACAGUAUCCCGAUUUUCUUUUAAAAGGAUUAUUUUUUAAUAAUUUGAAUGACCCUUGUUUAAUUGAUAAUUGCAAUAAUAUUUAUUGUUUAAGUAAAUGGAGAAGAUCAUCACAGGGUAUUUUAAUACCAUUAUUAAACUUUAAUGAAAUUUUAGUUUCAAAGGAUAAUUUAAAUUAUAUUGGGAUAUGUAUCAAAGAUGACAAUUUUCAAUGUAUACUAUUUAAAGAUUCAGUCAAUAAAUAUUAUGGAGGUGUCCCCUUACCAAUUCAUACUGAUAUUAAAUUGAAGAUUCCUAUUUUUAAUAAUAUCGAUGUGAAGGCGAUUAAGAAAAAGGCUAAAGAGAAACAAAAAGAUAAUUUUAUAGUUGAGGGAGAUGUUGAAGAUAAUGAAGAUGAUAUCGAUUUAAAUGUUAAUGAAAGUGAUAUUAGUGAAGAUGAAGAUUUAGUCGAAGAUGAAGAAAGAAAAAAAGAUAAAGAAAUGGAGGAGGAUAUGAUUAAGAAUAAAAUAAUGGGGCAACUAGUGAGUGAAUCAAUAAUGAGAGAUAGACAAUUUGAAAUUCAAAUGAAGAAAAAAAUAAAGGAUUUUUAUAUCAGGAAAAGACGAGGAGUAUUGGAUACAAUGUUGACAGGAAAUAAAGUUGAUGUGAAUAUAUCUGAUGAUGAGAUUGAUAUUAUUGAUGAAGAAAAUGGGAAUAUUGAAUUCAAUUGGAAAUAUUACAAGAGAAAUAAUAGUGAUGGAAAUAAAGAAGAUGAGAAUAAAGAACUCUUGCAAAAAUUAAAUGUUGAGUUUGAUCGAUGUUUAUUAAAGUUAUUUGGUAAAUAUUGUGUAAAUGAAGAGAUUGGAAAGGCUAACGAAAUGAUUUAUGAGAUCAAAGAAGAUAAGGGAUUAAUUGCAGCUAGUAGGAUAGCAGAUCGAAUGGGCAUUAGCAAUUUAGUGAUAAAAAUUAAUAAAGAAAGGGAAAAAAGAAUGGAUUUUUAG